ACUCAAUAAGUCAAUAGUCUGUAGUCAAAGCGUUUUAAAUUUGAAAAACUUGGACUUGACUUACGUUUUACCGAAAAAGCACAAUAAUAAACUUGAAAAUACGGACAUAGAUGAACAAAAUUUGAUUAGUUUGUGGUGAUAAAAUGCAAAGUACAAUAAAAGAGAUAUUAGACUCUUUAGGGUGUAAUUUAGAAGUAGAUACAGUAUCAAACUAUUUACUAAAUGAUCCAAAUUACGGCAUCAAUGCUAUUUCAAACAAACAAGCAAAUGAAUAUGCACAAAGGCUGGCAUUAAAAGCUUCCAACUCGAAAGUAUUUUUAAAAAAAUAUGAAGAGCUUAGAAACCGCAAUGUUGAAAAUUUGUCAAACAUAAUAGUAAUAUGUUACAAAUUACUGUGUGAUGACAAAAAAUUUAAAACAUCUAAACCAAAAGUUGCUCCUAAACCAGCAAUUGGAGACAAUAAACAUCAAAUUACCAAAGAUGAUUUACCCCAGAUAAAGGAUAAACUCCUCAAAGCUGUUGAUGAAAGUAAAAAGCUUGUCAUGAAGUCAUUUGAAGAAAAAGAGGUUAAGCUUAUGCCAAAUUGGUAUAAUAGUUUAGACUUGCCUAAUUGGCAAAAAGAACAUCCUUUUAUGUCCUGGGACUUUCCAAAAGAGCCUUUACCUAUUGUAGCCUCAUUGGCUGGUAUACCAGUCCUCUCUCAAGAAAACAUCAUAAUUGAUGAACUUCUUUAUGUAUUUACUGGUGUUCCUGGAAAUUACAUAGUCCAUAAACCAGUGAAAGAGAUGUAUGAACCAAGACAAUUUAUAAUAUCUGAUGAUUUGGACGAUGCGUUGAAGCAAAUAGUUCAGCAGAUGUUACCAGUUGCAUCAAAUUACUCAAUUGUGAGAAGAUUUAUUGAGAACUGUGAUAUGUGGUCUGGGCAGGUCCUCCAUGCACUGGUUGCUGCUAUAGAGAUUCUAUUAAAGGAUUAUUAUACUAUGAUAGCACAACUAGAAACAGAGCACAUGACUGGUGGUUUGACCCUGCAAAAGUUAUGGUAUUUUGUGUUACCGACCAUGCAUACCAUGCAAGUUCUAGCAUCUAUUGUGACCAACAUUGGCAAGAGCGAACUCCGCGGUGGUGCAGUAUUGACAGUACUUCAUGAGAAGACGAGUACAUUAAUGGGUGAUGCGCGUGCGCAAGAAAUAGCUCUUUUCCUUACAGAACGCGCUUGCCGCCCUUACCUCGACAUAUUGGAUAGAUGGAUACAUAAGGGCAGUGUUAACGACCCCUUCCAUGAAUUCAUGAUUGAAGACAACGAAUUGAUAAAUAAAGAAGAGUUACCUUUGGACUACUCGGCUGACUAUUGGGAGAAGAGAUAUAGCAGUCAGAGAGACAGAGUUCCAAAGUUUCUUGACAAGUUUACUGAUAUUAUUCUACGGACUGGAAAAUACCUGAAUGUUAUCAGCCAAUGCGGAAAGUCAAUAACAAAAACGAAUACAGAAGAGAUAAAAUACUCUCUGCGUGAACAAAACUACGGGGCGAUCAUACAACGGGCGUAUUCGUACGCGAGCAAAUCCUUAUUGGAACUACUUCUAAAGGAAUACGACCUCAUGGGGAGAUUGAAAUCUGUGAAAAAUUACUUUUUGAUGAGCCAAGGAGACUUUAUUGUCCAGUUCAUGGAUGCAACAGAGCAAGAGUUGUCGAAGAAGAUAGACGAUAUUAUACCUUCGAAGCUGGAGUCGUUGCUUGGACUCUGUUUGCGGUUAUCAUCAGCCCGUCAUGACCCAUACAAUGAGGAUAUGCGAGUUGAAUUAUCGCCGUAUGAUCUCCAGUUCCAGAUGUUUAAAAUAUUGUCCAUUGAAACUGAAGAAGAAAAUGAGUACAAGCAGAACAAGGACUGUCCUCCACUCACGGGUAUAGAAACAUUCUCGUUCGGUAUGGAAGUGAAAUGGCCGGUUUCACUCAUAAUUAACCACAAAGCCAUCGCCUGCUAUCAGAUGAUAUUCAGACAUCUCUUCUUCUGUAAACAUGUGGAAAGGCUGCUUUGUCGAGUGUGGCUGUACAACAAAGUGGUGAAGAGAUUCUCAGAAGCCCGUUUGUACGCGGACGCGUUCGCUCUUCGCCAGCGUAUGUUGAGUUGCGUACAACACUUGCAAUACUACAUGUGCAUGGAAGUUAUAGAGCCAUCCUGGUGUCAUCUUAUUCAGAGCCUAGAUAGUGUGAACAACGUAGAUGAAGUUCUGGAGCGUCACAAUGAUUUCUUGGAGUCCUGUCUCGGUGAUUGUAUGCUGACGAGCCCACAGCUGCUCAAGGCGUUCACGACUCUUCUUCUUGUUUGCGUGCAAUUUUGCACCUUCAUCCAGGAGAUGCACAAGUACUUCGUGGAUGCAGAGCUUAACAGUAUGCUCGGAACUACGUAUGACAAUACAGAUUAUAUAGAGAACAUUCCGGAGAACACAUGUGGUACAACGAGCAGUGGAUCAGCGGACUCCUUCUCUCAAUCCGUGUCCCGAUACGGCCUUCGUUUUACGGCGGGAUUACUCUCCGUACUCGCUAUUAUUGAGAGGAUGGCCCGCGACAAUAAUACCAACAAACUUCUCAAUAUAUCUGCCAGGUUGAAAUUCAACACGUACUACGCGAAGCAGUUAGAAAAGUUCUGCGCUGACGGCAAGUUCCUAUGUGUUGAUAUGCGCGCCACCUAGCGGCGGAAGACGCGCACUCGCGCGCCACGCGUCACAGCUGUGUGAUGAUAUUUGCCAUGUCAAAAUUUAAUUGCCAUACUUUUUGUGUAUCAUUUUCGAAUUUUAUUGAUGUCUAGAUAUUGUAUUGAAUCUCUGGAAAAAUAUUCUGGUUUUACUUUUAGGUAAAAGUACGUUUAGCACAAACUUUACGAUACAUUUGUUAAUUAGUAUACGUUAAUAUUGUUUUCGAUAGAACGCGUCUUCCAUAUUAACGACGCGAAUACUAUUUUAUAUAUUAGUUCCAAAUAUGUCCACAGAGCGCUGCUUAAAAUUUAAAUACAAAUUGGAAUUAUUCGAUCAUGUAUUGCUCACGCUAAGGGUACAAUAAGUAAUACUCCAUUGUUUAAAAUUAAUUCAUAUACUUACAUUUUAUUCGCAUAAAAUUAAUAAAUACAUACUAUAAUGACCAUUGCCGUAAUUCUAACAUUAUUUCAAAAUUAAAUUUGGUUUUAAUUUCAAAUAAUGUUGGAAUUUAUAGUAGUCAGUGCGGCAAAUCGCAUUAUUCAAAAUUUAAUUUAAUUUUU